AUGUCCGUUGUGCCGGACAAAGAGAUCAAGCGAGAGCACCACCUCCAGAGGGCGAUAUCAGGCACGGGGCUCAUAAUACCAACACCAGAGGUGUGCGAAGUCACCGACCUCGGGUUCUACGAGCGAUGCUACCCGCCGGACUACAAGAUGCCCAAACAGCACAUACACAUGCAGCCAGAACCAAAGGUGGUCAGCGUGUGGUGCGAAUGGUGGUGGAGAUGGCAGAGUGGAUCUAGCCAGGUGCUCAGCUGGAUCCCAAUACGAGGCGUCAAGUGUGCCAUGAGCAGACCUUCGAGGGCGAAGGAAUUGCAGGAAGGCCGAACUGUAAUCGAAGAUGACUCGCCUCUCCAGCAAGUGAUAGACAUGCUGCCAGAACUGGUGGAAAGCAUCUACAUGAUGUGGGUCUUAUCUAAGGGCUACCGCACCGAUGAGACGAUGGUGCCGCUUCUAUCGAGGAUCUCGUGGGCUCUUUGUGACAAGCUUGAGCGGUUCCUGAAUGUGCAUAAGUUGUUUGACAAGCCAAACGAAGAAGUGCUAACCCUAGCUCGAGCCGGUCAGAAAAUAAUGGAGAUGUGGCAUAUACUUUACAAGGAGACCCGCCGGAACAUCGAACUCAGUGGAAAAGGUGCCCGCUGGGAAUUCGACCAGCCGCUACUGUUCACUCGUACCGACUACAUAGGGACUGUUGCUAGAGACUUGGGAGAUGUCGUUCAGGUCCUAAUAGACUUCGAGCGCAUUUUCGGUCUCGAACUUAAAUCGAUCAUCAGCGAUCCAACGCAGAUCGAUGACGUGCGCAAACGCGUCAAGAACCUCGUGUAUCCCAUACGCACCAUAGACUUCAGUGUAUUUGUGUUCGACAAUAAAGAAAACUGGGACGUGAUUAUGGGAGACUUUUGGAGCGAAGUGCGCUAUUUGGAGGAGGAAGCGAAGAACUAUAUUAAUCAAAGCUUUGGUAACUUAAGGUCGUCCGAAGAGGCUUUGACAGUGUUGCUGAAGUUUUUGGAGUUUGACACUCGCGAGUCCAUACGUCGGCAACUGUCAACCAAAUUUGAUCUUGUCAUGCGCCAGUUCAUCAAGGAGAUCACUGCUAUUGAAGACAAGUUUACCCGAUUUCGUAAAAACCCACCUCUACUUCGGAACCACCCACCGGUCGCUGGCGCCAUCUACUGGGCUCGAGCUUUGUUCAACAAGAUGAAACAGCCUAUCAUGAGGUUCCAGAAGGUCCCAGAACUAAACGAAUGUGAACAGAAGAAAGAAGCGUUCAUCCAAUACAAGGCUUUCUCUAAACUCAUCAAGGAAUACGAAGACAACAAAUACAAGGAAUGGGUGCAGACCGCGUCUGAAUUCGUAGAUAACAUGAUGAAGAGGAACAUUUUGAAGGUCAUGUUCAAAAAGGAGGAUGAGCCGCCACCCAGCGGCGGCCGGGGCAUGCAAGUGACGGCAGCGGGGAGAGCGCAUAUGGCCAAGAAAAAGGCGUCGCUGGCUUCGCUGCAUCCCGCCGAUAUUGUCAAUAAGGAGAUCGCCGAUAAACGAAAAAGGGACAAAGCUUUAAUGUUGAUGAGGAUUCCCGGUCAACAUUACGAGAAUGUUCGAUCGCCGAGUUCAGUGUCACUUUUGGCGAAAGAGGGAUUGACCGAUGUAACAUGGCGAGACCUAACGGUACACAAAUUGAUGCAAGAAUACGAUUUGGAGUUCCAUCCCAAUUUCAACAGGGACAUCUUUCAAGUAAUACACGAGGCCGAAUUGAUGGAGCAACUUGGGUUCGAUCUCCCUUCAAACAUUCGAGACGUGGCUAUGCAAAAGUCUCGGCUAUACUACGAAUUGGAAGCCUUACAGGAGGUGAUAACCAAGUAUAACGAGAACGUAGCCUCGCUCAGUCCUUCAGAGACGCAUCUGAUGAAGCGACAUCUUCUGGACAUGGAGAGACACAUCUUGCCGGGACUUACCAGGGUUACGUGGACUGCGCUUGGCAUUAAUGACUAUAUCAAAGAUAUCACUAAAGGUGAAAGUUCCCUUCGAGCUGUAUACAAGCAACUGAAGAUGGUUGAGAAAGAGAUCCAAUUCCUGAUUGAUCAAGUGGAACUGUUCGACUUGUUCCCAAUCGUGCGUCCUCAGAACUACAUUGAUCCUGUUACUAAGGAACCGGACGAUACUUGGCUGUAUCCAUGCAAGACGUACUUUGUGGAGGUUGAAAACGAACGCCUCGAACGCGUGGCGUCACUGUCUCGGAUAUUCGACCGCAUCGGGCCCAUUCUCAUGAAGCUCGAGUAUUUGAUAUUGGGCACUAGCACUGGGAAAUCGAAUGUCAUGACGUCAUAUUACACGUAUUGGGAGAGGAAGAUAUUCAAGUGUCUUGUCAAAUUCACUCUGGAAAACUUGGAGCAAUUUCAACAGAUGUUAAGCGACAAGACACCGAUGUUCCAAGUGGAUGCUGCCCUGGUGCCGCCCGACAUCACCAUGCGGCCCACCUCGCCCGAGGUCUGCAACAUCGUCGGGUACAACAUCAAGCACUUCCUCAACAGAUUGACAACCUUCCCACGGUGGAUGAAGAAAACCUGCCUGCCGUGUCCGCCUCAGCGCAUAGCCGAAGCGACCGGCAACGAGUUUUAUGUGUUUUCAUACUUUGAAGACAUCUUACGUGUGGUAGCCAUCAAUGACGUCACCAUGCUCAUACAAGACACCAUCUAUCGACUGACCAUGGAUAUCAAUACUUAUAUUCAGAAGUGGCAGAAAUACCAACACCUAUGGGCAUUUGAUAAGAAUCUAUCGUGCGAAAAGUACAUACAGAAGCACGAACAAAUCUUCAAGUACGACGAGAAGUUCUUUUUCUUCGAAGAUAUAAUAUCAGACUUGGAUGCUCACGUUAAAUAUGUGGAUGUUGGAGCUAUAAGAGUGAAUCUUCGGCCCAUUAUCAGCCAAGUUCAAGGACAUGCGCAGGAGUGGAAGAACAUUCUGGGCAACUGCAUCGCGUCCAAGACCAGAAUGAACAUGUAUGACUUGAAGAACCAAAUUGAGUCUCUUCGCAUGACGAUGAACAUGAACAUCAAAGGGCUGGAAGACUUCAAGCUGGUGAUGGCGACCAUAGGUCAAGUGCAAGCCCUCACUAUCACCGCCGAGGUCAAAUACCGCGGCAUGCAGGAAAUCUUCCACAUGCUCAGGCAGCAUGGGAUUGAUGUAUCAGAUGAUGAUCUUCAAUUCGCGAAGAAUCUAGAAUCAUCCUGGGGAAGUCUAUACCAAACCUCGCUCUUCCGUGGCAACACUCUUGAACAGACCAAGGAGAAGUUCUCCAAACUCAACGUGGUGGAGAUAUCGAACUUCCUGAAGGAGCUUGAUGACUUCGUUGAGAAGUUUGAUAAUGAGGGCCCGGGUAUUGUGGGCGACGAUAUGGACAGAGGAUUGGUGCUUAUGGAGGAAUACAAUAAAUACUUCGAUGAGCUAGAGUCGCGUAAAAAGAUGUUGCAAGCGGCUGAACAAUUGUUCGACAACCCUCUAGCCGACUUUUCCAACUUCAACCGCGCGAAAACCGACUUUCUGGCGAUGGACCAAGUCUACAAGAUCUAUAAGGCACAGAAGAAUGCUAGGGAAGUGUGGGCCAAGACGUUGUGGGUGAAUCUGAACCCGCAAGCGUUGGUGGAUGGCAUUGAACAGUUCUUCAAAGAAUACAGGAAACUCCCAAAAGCUGUUCGUCUGACAAAUACUGGCCUUAUGCUAGAUCUAAAGAUGAAGCAAUUCAAAGGAGUAGUGCCUCUUAUGGUGUCGCUAAAGAACGAAGCCAUGAGAGAGAGACAUUGGAAAGAACUAAUGGCUAAAACUGGCCAGGACUUUGACAUGUCCCCGGAACGAUUCACUUUGGAGAACAUGUUUGCUAUGGAGCUGCAUAAGUACCAAGACGUUGCUGAGGAAAUUGUUAAUCACGCUAUAAAAGAAUUAGCCAUCGAGCGCGGUGUUCGAGACGUGCAAGAGACAUGGGGUGCCAUAUCCUUCACCGUGGCGCGCCAUUUCAACAGAGGGGAGGAUCGUGGCUACACCCUCAACCCUUGCGACGAAGUGGUCGUCAAACUGGACGAAGAUGCCAUGACGCUGCAGAGCAUGGCUGCUUCACAGUUCAUUGGCCCAUUCCUCUCAGUCGUCCAUACGUGGGAGAGACGCCUGGCAUUGAUAUCCGAGGUCAUUGAGGAGUGGAUGGCCACGCAGCGAAAGUGGCUCUACUUGGAAGGCAUCUUCGUGGGCGGAGACAUCAGAGUCCAACUGCCAGAGGAGGCCAAGAAGUUUGACGAUAUUGACAAGUCUUUUAGAAAGAUCAUGUUGGAUACAGCCAAAAGACUAAACGUGGUCGACUGCUGCACUAUAAGCGGUAGAUUAGAAGAAUUCGUCAACCUAGGGCUUGGUCUACAAAAGUGUCAAAAGUCCCUGAACGACUACUUGGAUUCGAAGCGUCGUGUGUUCCCAAGAUUCUUCUUCAUAUCAACAGACGAGUUGCUCUCAAUUCUUGGCAGCAGUGAGUGUAGUUGCGUCCAGGAGCAUAUGAUCAAGAUGUUUGACAACAUCAGAGCUCUAGACUUAUACGUAGAUCAUACUAAUCGUCCAGUAGCUGCCAAGAUGAUCUCUGCUGAAGGAGAGAUAAUGGACUUCAGAAAAGUGGUAUACACUGAAGGCAGAGUCGAAGAUUGGAUGAACUUGGUACUUGUAGAAAUGCGUAACACUAAUAAGUUUAUCACCAAAAAGGCUAUAUUCUACUAUGGAAGAAACUGGAAGGUGCCAAGAACGGAAUGGAUCCUCGAGUAUCAAGGCAUGGUGUGUCUAGCAGCCAACGGUGUGUGGUGGACAGCCGAAACGGAAGAGACGUUCAUUCGUAUAAGAAAAGGCAAUAAAAGGGCCAUGAAGGAACAUUUGCAGCAACAGAACGAGCAAUUGGACGGACUUGUAGUCAAAGUGCGACUAGACCUAUCCUCAAACGACCGGCUGAAAUUCCGCACUAUUACAACAAUCGACGUGCACGCACGAGACAUCAUCGAGGGAUUCGUGCGAGAUAACGUGACAGAAGCGGCCGAGUUCGACUGGGAGAGCCAGCUGCGCUUUUACUGGCUGAAGAAAGACGACAAUCUAUGGAUCAGGCAGUGUACUGGGGUAUUUGAAUACGGCUACGAAUACAUGGGUCUAAACGGCCGGCUAGUGAUCACGCCGCUGACAGAUCGAAUCUACCUUACUAUCACGCAAGCUCUCACCAUGCAGUUGGGAGGAGCUCCUGCAGGCCCGGCCGGCACGGGCAAGACAGAAACAACGAAAGACCUCGCUAAAGCAUUAGGUCUGCUUUGCGUUGUCACAAACUGCGGGGAAGGCAUGGACUUCCGAGCAGUAGGCCAGAUCUUAGCUGGACUGUGUCAAUGCGGCGCGUGGGGCUGCUUUGAUGAAUUCAACCGUAUUGACAUAUCCGUGCUGUCUGUCAUAUCUACGCAGCUACAGUGCAUAAGAAGUGCACUGCUUAUGAAGUUGAAGAGAUUUACUUUUGAAGGUCAAGAGAUCUCAAUGGACAACAAAGUGGGCAUCUUCAUCACGAUGAACCCCGGCUACGCGGGCCGCACCGAACUGCCUGAGUCGGUGAAGGCUCUCUUCAGACCGGUGGUGUGCAUCUUACCAGACCUUGAGAUGAUCUGCAUGAUAUCGCUGUUCUCUGAUGGGUUCCUUACAGCCAAGGUGCUAGCUAAAAAGAUGACAGUCCUGUACAAAGUGGCUCGAGAACAGUUGUCCAAGCAGUCCCACUACGACUGGGGAUUACGUGCUUUGACUGCGGUGCUGCGCAUGGCGGGGAAACUCCGAAGAGACUCCCCCGGACUAAGCGAAAUCAUGGUGCUGAUGAGAGCUCUGAGAGACAUGAACUACCCGAAAUUCGUGUUCGAAGACGUCCCUCUAUUCUUGGGUCUGAUCAAGGAUCUGUUCCCGGGUCUGGAAUGCCCGCGAGUCGGCUACCCUGAGUUCAACGCGGCCGUCAUUGAUGUGCUGGAGACUGACGGAUACAUUGUAUUGGCGCAUCAGGUAGACAAAGUAGUACAACUCUACGAGACGAUGAUGACGCGGCACUGCUCCAUGCUGGUGGGUCCCACAGGCGGUGGCAAGUCCGUCAUCUUACAGACCUUAGUCAAGGCGCAAACCAAUCUUGGCCUUUCUACCAAGCUCCAAGUUCUCAACCCCAAGGCGUGUUCUGUGAUUGAACUUUAUGGUAUCCUCGACCCGGUUACCAGAGAUUGGACUGAUGGGCUCUACUCCAAAAUCUUCCGUGAGAUGAACAGGCCAGCAGAGAGAGAUGAGCGUCGAUAUUCUCUAUUCGACGGCGACGUAGACGCCCUCUGGAUCGAGAACAUGAACUCAGUCAUGGACGACAACCGUCUACUGACGCUCGCGAACGGUGAACGAAUUCGGCUCGCGCCGUAUUGCUCGCUGCUGUUCGAAGUCGGUGACUUGAACUACGCGUCGCCUGCGACUGUGUCGAGGGCUGGGAUGGUGUUCGUUGACCCUAAGAAUUUGGGAUACCAACCGUAUUGGGAUAGAUGGCUCCGCAGUCGCAACAAUGAAGAAGAGCGUGAGCAGCUAGCUGGUCUCUUCGAACACUACGUGGCGGGUGCCAUCAACUACAUCGUGUUUGGUAUGUUCGGCCUGCAGCAGCAGACGCCAUUGAAGACUAUAGUGCCGCAGACGCCGCUCAACUUGGUGGUACAGCUAUGCUACAUGAUCAGUGGACUGAUGCCUAACAAAGAAGAUAGCAACGAGGAAAUUGACAGGACCGUGGUGGAAUGUGUCUUCAUGGUGUCUAUGUACAACAGCUUGGGGGCCUCGAUAGUGGACGAUGGCCGCUUCGACUUUGACAACUACAUCAAAAAGGCGUGUCCGAUGAUGCUCGUUGAAGACACAAUCGAGAAGAAAGCUACUACAAAACACUUCCCCAUGGGAUUCCCGAGUCUAUACGACUAUUGCCUGGAGCUAACCACACUGACAUGGGAAGCGUGGGAGUGGCUGGUGCCGACGUACGAGCAUGACAGGGACAUGAAGUUCCCGUCGAUUCUAGUCCCAACGGUGGACACGCUCCGGCUCACUUGGCUUAUCAAGAUCAUGGAGAGUGUGGAGCGACCAGUGCUAUUAGUGGGUGACACUGGCACUUCAAAAACUGCAAUCAUCACAAACUAUCUGCAUGGAUUACCAGCUGAUAAAUACAUAAUUCAGCAAAUGAACUUCUCAUCGCGCACAUCGUCGAUGGACGUGCAAAGAAACUUGGAGUCGGUGGUAGAAAAGCGAACCAAAGACACUUUUGGUCCUCCUGUCGGGAAGAAGAUGCUGGUAUUCAUAGACGACAUGAAUAUGCCUAUUGUAGACACAUACGGGACUCAACAGCCUAUAGCGUUGCUAAAACUACUGUUUGAAAGAAAAGGAUUCUACGACAGAGGCAAAGAUCUCAACUGGAAAAAUCUGAAAGACAUAGGAUUCAUUGCUGCUAUGGGUAAAGCUGGUGGAGGACGAAAUGAUGUCGAUCCACGUUUCAUAUCAAUGUUCUCAGUGUACAACUUGCAAUUUCCGUCGGAAAACACAUUGCGACACAUCUACGUGUCAAUACUUCAUGGUCACUUCAUAAUAUUCCCAGAUGAAAUUCAAGAAAUCGUCGACAAAAUUGUUCAAAUGACCCUAGAUUUGUACAAGAUAAUAAUCGUUGAUCUACCGCCAACGCCGGCGAAGUUCCACUACAUCUUCAACCUUCGAGACCUGUCGCGCAUCGCAGCUGGAAUGUGCCUGACGCACCCUAACUUCUUCAGCGAGAAGCGUGCUGUUGUACGCUGCUGGCGCAAUGAGUUCACGCGCGUUAUUUGCGACCGACUCAUCAAUGUGCAGGACAAUGAGCUGAUGCGUGGCCACAUUCAAGAGCACAUCGUGAAAUAUUUCCCUGAAGAGGAGCCAGUGGUGCUGGAAGAGAUUGUGGUGGCCGAGGAAGAUCUUGUCGUUGAAGAAGAGGAAGAUGAGUUUGGAGAAAAAAUUGUAAAGCCAGCGGCCGCGCCGUCUGUGGCGGCCGAGGCAGAACCGGAAAUAGAGGAAGAAGAAAUUGAAGUCGAAAAAGAACUUACGCUUGAAGAAUAUGUCCUUCGUGACCCCUUAUUGUUUGGUGACUACCGAAAUGCUUUGGAUGAGGAGGAAAUACGAUAUUACGAGGAUUUGCUUGACUACGAAGCUGUCUAUUUUCUCUUCCAAGAGAUAUUAGACGAAUUCAACGAGCGUAUCGGCAAAAUGUCUGUAGUGUUGUUCGAGGAUUGUCUCGAGCAUUUGACGCGCGCGCAUCGAAUCCUGCGCAUGGACCGCGGCAACGCCAUGAUCAUCGGCGUCGGCGGCUCCGGAAAGAAGUCCAUCUGUCGGUUGGCUUCAUUUGCUGCUGGUUGCGAAAUGUUCGAGAUCACGGUGACGCGAAACUACAACGAGAACACAUUCAAAGACGAUAUGAAGCGAAUGUACAACCAGCUAGGUGUGGAUGGCAAGAAAACCGUUUUCCUCUUCACCGCAGCACAGAUCCUUGAAGAAGGCUUCCUGGAAUUCNGAUCAUUCAAACAUCUCUCAAUAAUAUGUUUCUUCACGCGGUAA